AUGUCAACUGUUUUACCAGUAAGUACAAUUGAAGCUGCGUCGUUGCCAAACAAAUCAGAUAUUAUCACGAAGUUUACAUUAAAUAAGCAGCAAACAUUUGCUUUUAUGAUUAUUUCUAAUCAUCUCGAUGGCGAUCAUCUAUCUCAAAAUGGUACUCUUAAUAGUCAACUUUUGAUGUGUGUACCUGGUCCUGGUGGUACUGGAAAGUCUCAAUUAAUUCGAGCAAUUACUUACUAUUUUCAAUCAACAAACAGAUGUAAAAGGUUGCGUAAAUUAGCACCAACGUCUAUAGCAGCAGGAGAGAUUGAUGGAUUGACGAUCCAUUGAUUUUUGGGUGAAAGUCGUAAGAGUUCUAAAAAACAAAAACGUAUAUUUAGACCAGGAGACACGAAAUUGGGUGUCGGGUGUGGGUGUAGAUGUAGGUGUGGGUAUGGGUGUGGGUGUGGGUGUGAGUGGAGGUGGGCGAGUAUAUUAAGUAAAGUGAGUAUGGACACCCACACACACACCCACACCCACAUUCACACUCACCAACAUCCACAUCCACACCCACACCCACCCACACCCACAUCCACACCCUAAAAUUUGGUUCUUGACAAUGACCAAAUUCUCAGCGUGUCGAUGUUGACAUGGAUCUAGGAUUCGGUUGAUCUAGAUGUGCGUGGGAGUAAAUGUCGAUAUAAGUGAUGGCGUAGAUUUGGGUGAGCGUGUUAAGGUUGCAAGAACUAUCUUGAAGCUGUGAACGGCUGUCGAGUGUAGUUGUAGUGGAUGAGGUUGUGAAUGUGAGUGUAAGCCUAGAGCGUAUGUUAAGAGUCGCAACCGUCGCGACUAAAUCCGCACGCUUAACUAGACUACUUAAAAUCAAUGUCUUGUGAAACUAGGAUAUAUCUAUACAGUUUGUAUAGAUUCUAGAUAAAAACUGCCGAAAAGGUCGUUUACAUUGUAGUAUCAUAAUUGCUAUCACUGCUAUGGUUGCUACAUACAAUAAAUAGUAAAUUAAGCUUGUAUUUUGUUUUUCUAGUACAAGUUCUAAUAGAGAUUCUCUAUUUUGUUUUUUCCCUGGGAAUAGAAGCCCUUCCUUAUGAAAUUGUGAGAUAUAGUCCAUCGCGCUGAAACUUUUGUAAUGCGCUUUUAUAUGAGAAGAUGAGAUUCCUCUAAUAAUCUCCCAGUUUUCAAGUAACUGCUUUUCUUUUCCCAUCUCUGCCAGCACAAGGUUCUCCCUAAACAGCUUCACACCACCGCGGCCGCAACAUUCAAUUUUUGAUUCAAUUAGCUUAAUACCGACAACUUUAGCGACAAUACCAGUGACAAAAAUGUCUUCGAUCCAUAAUCUAGGCUUGGUGAAAUUACUGUUCGAAAUCUUAUGUAACAGAGGUAGAACAUUCGGCGGAAUCAAAUAAGCCCAUCCGUGACAAUAAUCGGGAUAGUGAGCAGAUUUCCAAGCCGAUUUUGGUACAAACCACUUAGAUUGCGGAUUUCUAAUCACUGGAAGCCGACAUAUGCGGCAGUACAUAACAUGUUCUGAUACAUUUUUUACUGAAUUCACAAAAUCAAUCGUUUGCUGUACAUUAACAAUUGUAUCAUCGUCUACGUAUAAAAGCCAUCUGGUAGAACAAUAAACCGUCGCCCAAGCAAGUAUGAACAUUGACUUUAAGGUUAAGUUGUAGUAGUUGUCCACUGGCUUUCCUAUCAGUAGAUCAUGAUGUAUGUGGUCCUCUCUCUGAAGCUCGUCAAGUAGUUUUACAUUAGUUGUAGAUCCCAAUACAAAAACAUAUGGGAUUUGACAUUCUCUGGCUUCCACUAACCAAGUUUGUCUAAGAAUUUGUCGUUGAACUCGGUUGUUAGGAGAUGUUUUAAUGGCAAUUAACAACCUACUGGUAAUCAGUUGAAAAUUUUUGCAAACGUUUAAUUUAUUUAGUAGAACAUAGUUGGUUUCGAUUGUCUCUUCGAAUGUAUGCAAAUGCACAUGGCUUGGAAGUUUUAAAGAAGCCUCUUCAGUAUACAGAAUAGCAAUGAUAGCGACGAACCUAUAGUUGAUCAUCUAUAAAUCAAGAUAUCAUAGAUGAAUCCAUAAAUCUUGAAGGUGUGGGUAUGUUACGUCUAUGACACUCGACCAAAUUCCAACUCACACCCUUACACACCCUCAUUCCCACCCUAUUUAAAGAUAUUAUAUUUCUUUAUUUUGAAUUUCUGCAUUGAAAAAUUCGACUUCAAAUAUAAAGCUGUUCUGAACAGGAACAUAUAAAAUGAAACUUAUUCAAUGUGAAAGCUUCAGAAAUAAGGAAAUAUAAUAUGGUUAUAAACAGAUGAGCGUAAAGACAACAUCUAUAUCAGACGCAACUCGGAAUAGUGUAGAAAUAUUAGAAAGGUAAAAUUAUGUCUUCUUUUUUUGAUGAGUGGGGGUGGGUGUGUGGGUGAGGGCGUGGUGUGAGUGAGAGUGUGUGGGUGUGGGCUUGGAUGGAUGUGGGUGUGGGUGUGGGUGUGGGCUUCGAUGGCUGUGGGUG